CUCCGCCCCCGCUCGUCCCGUUAAAUUCCUCCUGCCUGGCAUCAGGUUCCCGGGGGAAAGGGCGGAGAGUUGGCCACCAACUCAGUAACAUAAGUACCGAACAGUGAGCAGACAAACUGGGGAACUCGUUUUACCGAAACCUAAGAGAAGCGAAGCGGCUCUGGCUCUAAUUAAGGCUGCACUGACCGGUGAACGGAAGGGCAGUGAAGUGAACCAUGACCGGCAAUCCGGUGUUAUCGGGAUGAGGCAGGCGCACACGGGCGUAUAUUAGGGGGCCUGUCGCUCUCCUGCUACAAGUGCGCGUUUACUCAGUGUUCCCGGUAGAAGCAGCUGGAGGUCCAAUGGCAGCCAGGCGGACUAGAGGGAUGACCGGCUCGGAUCUGAGCAGGACCGCCGUGGCCCGGGCUACUGCUAUAGCUGAGCAGCUCCGCUAUGAGUGCUCCAUCUUACUGGAACUUUAUAGAAAUAGGGAGAGUUUCACUGCAGAUGUUACGGUUACCGACGGUCGCCUGGUGUCCGUCCCUCCUCCCUCCUCCCAGCUGGACACUAGGGACAAGCUCUGGCGUCUGCACUCUGCUCUGCUACAGUGCCGCAGCUUGCUGGAACGAGCCAUCGCCAAAGAGGAAGAGGAGCUGGGUGGUGGGAAGAAGGGGGAUUAUGAGACCCAGAGGAAGAUGGUGAAGGACACUCUGUCACUUCUCUUGAUAACCACUGGAGAACUCCUCAAAUCUGCUGAUGGCACGGCGGUUCUGACUCCCAGCUCAGAGGGAUUAGAGUUAGACGGUCCGACCACUCUGUUUGAGCUGAAGCUUUGGGUGUACCGGAUCUUCAGAGAGGUGGACUACUGGACCAAGACGGCCAUCACCACCUUGAAAGCCCUGCCCACAGUGAUAGACAAGGAUCGAGCGAGGACCGCGCGAAUCAGGAGCACAAGAAGCACUCGGAGAUGAGAUGGAGGCGUGAGGAGUCUGUGUGGGCGAAGAGGACUAAUGAGAGACAAAAGAGGUUAGGGAGAGACAGAAAGAGGUGAGUGAAGGAAUCAGAAGAUGCAGCAAGGUGUUCAGCCACGGGCCAAAGUGAGAAACAAACAUAUGGUGUGAAUAAGAAGGAGAUGAGUGAAAAUAGACAGCCGAGAGAGAGACAGCAGGAGUUGAGUGGGUUGGGCUAGUUUUUAGGGCAUAAAGCUCCCCUUACAUGAACAGAGGCCAUAGACAGAGCAAGGGACAGUCGUAGCUAAUAACAGCAUUUGUUGGAACAAGUUUAUUUUAAGUAUGACAGAGUCUAAUACAACUUUAUAUUUAUUGUUUAUCUUGAAAUACAACAAUGCAUCUAGAUUCAGAUUGAAGAUGCACUUUCUUUUUUCUUUCUUUCUUUCUUUCUUUCUUUCUUUCUUUCUUUCUUUCUUCAUAACAUUAUUAACAGCAAUUCAAAAUGCACAAAUAUGUUUGUUCACCUGCUAACGUAAACAUCUCCCAGUCGUGGUUUUCCUCACGUAUGUGCUCCUUUGACACAGCAGAAGUUAUUAUUUAAGAUAUACUGCCAGGAUCCAAUACAGCUGAUGGAGGAAGCAAAGGGCACAUUCAGAUGAAAAUGAGAACAUUUGAAUUCAUGCCAUCACCAGACUGUAGCUCUGAUGUGUAGUUUUGAAUACUGUGGCUGUAAAUCAUUCCACAUAUGUUAUUGUCUGGGGAUAUUCAGUGUAUGAAGGGGAAAACAAUAUAUGUAACAGCACCCUCUAGUGUUUACAUAGAUGAAUUCCUUCUUUCUUUCUUGGUUUUCCUCAGUAAUGCUUAUGUCAAAUUAUCCUUUAUUCCUUUGGUUUUGUUAUGUUUUUAGGGCACUUUAUCAGCGAUGAAAUCAUGUCACAGGGUUCAGGAACAACAAGUGUGUUGCAAUUGCAACAGCAUUAGUUUAAACUGAUGGGCAUGCAAAUGGGCACGUAAACAGGGAGUGGAGUGGAAAUACCAUGUAAAUAGUAGAAGUCCGCAAACUUGAGUGAUAAAAUAACUUUUUUUUUUAUUAAAAUCUUAGUCUACUUUGAUUUAUUUGUGAUACUGAUUUUAAUUGCUUAAAAUUUAUAAUGGCUUAAAAUGCAUUUAACUGAAACAAUAUAUUUUUGUUUAUAAAAAACUAAAAACAAGUGACACAAGAAUCAUAUUCUGCACAAUAAUCAUUCUGAACAUAUAUCACAUUUUGAGCAGGUCUGAAUUAGGCUUGGGUGGUAUUGGGGAGUAUACAUAGAUCCUCCCACCCAUACACAGACACACUGCAAAUAGUGAGUUUUCUACAUUCUUCAAGCUCUUUCAGCCUUUUCAGUCUAAUAAAUAAACAAUAUAAACUCACAAAACGUCAAGAAUGGUAAUAUUAAUAUUAGAGAAAUACAACCAUACACCUUCUAAAUUCAAGUUUCUCUCUUUCACAGAAGUAAGACUGGCUUUAUUGCCUCAAGACAUGAUAAAAAACACUUCAUUCAGACUCAACAGAAACAAAAUAAAAUUCACUGAAACCGCCCUGGUUAGUUUUGGUAGUCAUUUAGUUAGUUCACCUUUCCACCUAUCACCACCUCUGGUUAGGUGUAAUUAAAUCCUCAAUUCAUAGAGUGAUAUAUUUUUUAAAAAUGCAGCCUUUCGCUGUCAUUGAUGGCCAACUGUUUGCAGUCCUGUAACAUUAUGCCCAGUCCCCAUGUUUGUCAGCUCAGCUGCCUGUUCCACUAGUAGAGACUGAAUUCUGGUGGGAAAUGAUGGUCGUGGCGGGAAUAUCGUGCCGUUAUGCCACCUUGUCGUUCUGUAUGUAAGUUACAAUUAUGGAAUGGGGGAGAGAGUGGUCUUGUCUUUAAGCUGCUAGCGGAGGUAGUAACAGCACAGAACAUUGUCUAUAUAAACAGGAUAGCCAGCUGAAGACCAUGGGCAAGAUGGGUGGCAUGUUUUGACAACACGUUAUGUGUGCACCCCACCUGGGAUAUUUAAAAAGCAGCUACUACCAGUAGGCGUCUAACUCAAAGAAGAAGAACAGCGGUUGAAAAUGUCUGCAAGUUGGGAAAACAAUGAUAUUUGGGAGCUUCUUACCCUCCAAGCCAAAGGCGAGAUCAGCUGUCAUAUAACAGGGAUGGUAAAUGAUUGUUUAUAAAGCACUGCAGAUGCGUAUGUUAUACAUCACAUGAGAGGUCGACGCUGUUGUGUUACAUGUCGCACCUCUUUUGGUUGCGAGAUAUUGUCUAAAAUCACACACUGGAGCAUCAUGAUGCCACUGACGAUAAAUAGAAAGAUGAGCCUCUGUAUUUUUGAUAAUAUUAAAAUCCAUACUGGAGGGAUCUAUGAAUACCUUGGUAUACUGAAGUACUGUGAGUCAGAGCCUAGUGCGAAUACAAUCAGCAGAAAAUAAGGAUUUGUUCUCAUCAAAUGACCCAUUAUCUAUGUGUUAGGCAGUUGUUGCUUGCCCUGCGACAAUCAACUUAUAGCUGAUAAAUUAAUUUGUAUUAGACUGGUUAAAUUGUGAUUACAGUAACAGAGAAAUUAAUCAAAAAUGGCCCUCAAUGUUUAACUUUGUCAGUCUAACCUGGGCUGUGUUACUAAUUAAAUUUGCAUCAGUCAUAGACUCAGAUUGUUUUAAAUGAUGCAUGAACCUGCGUGGGUAAGAAAAAGAGAAGACACUGUAAAUUGGAUUGAAUCCUACAUAUUGAAGUCUUACCCACUAAGAUCCAUGAUAAUGUGGAGCACGAAGCAGAAAGGGAUGUGUUUGAGCAAAGUAUAUAUCAAGAGCUCAUUUCACAGUUUAACUUAUGUCACUUUGUUUAAUUAAAGGCCUGGGGUUUUAUUUUGUUCAUAUGUGCCUUAUCACACACUGUAUUUGGGCCUGUAGGUCAAUAAACUGUUAUGUGCACCGGGAGUAUAAACAAAUGUGUGAGAUUUGAGUGAAACACGGUACUCCAAACUGUUUUCAGGAUUCUGGAAACUGAAUAGUGUUACUGGAAGGCAGCAUGAAUGCAUUCCAUCGACUGAUCUGAGUCGCAAUGAUUGACUUUAAAUAUGAAAUAUAAACCCCAGGAAAAUAAGAACUGCUGUUUACUUUGUGCAUGCACUAAAUGAAGAACAAAAAUUCAUACAGCACAAAUGCAUCUAAGGAUGCUUUGGAGUGCAGCCCUUUUAAUGUGAUACACUGUAAAUGCAAUGUUUCAUGUGAUGCAUUUGUUGUUCUGUGUAUGGAUUUGGGAUGUAUUAUCUUUCCUCAUGCUCUUUGAUCAUGAUGAGCUAUCUGCUGGACUACCCAGCACAUAAAUCUUAUAAAACUUUUUUUUUCCAACAGGAUUUUCCGGCUCUGUCCUCUGUUUUGAGUCUGGUUGGCCUCAGACUAGGACAGCCUGGUCUCACAAAAAUACAUGACAUGAACACAACCUCUUAAUACUGCACUAUGCUGCCGUGGCAGGUAGUGUGUUGAAAUGGAAUGACAAUUAGGGUCCUUUGUUGUGGGGUGUACAUGAAUUUCCAGGUUCAAAUACAUUUUGUUGCCUAAACCCAACUGCCACACCAUACAUAACAAACAUAUUUACUUUAAUUGAAAACACAAUCCUCUUCUAAACCUAAUCAAGUACUUUUGGUGCCUAAACCUAAGCGUGCCACUAGCAUGUAAUUUCAACAUCAUGUGUGCCACCACCACAUAAUGCAGUGUUAACAGGUCGUGGUCAUUUCAAGCAUUUCUGUGAGAACACUCUGGACCAUGAAUGGUCAAAAACCAAAGAAAGUAGGCCAGAUUUCACCAAAAAAAUGAAAACAACAACAACAACAAAAAAAAAAACGCAAGUGUUUUGCUACAGGUGAUGAAAUAUUAACCAAUAA